AAAAAUCUACAUACCAUGUAUACUUCAAUUCCUUCGUGGGUUCGUUCAUUUCCUGCUACAAUGCUACUAAUUCAGGGACUGGUUUCUAAUACAUAUGCGACCUCGGUAGAGAUUCGUGCUCCUUUAAGCAAAGAAUGCAACCAACCUAAUGUUUCAAUUCAGAUUGAUCUCCAAUUUGAUUUAACGCAUUCACAGGUGUUGAUUCUUCGUUUACAAAAAACAAGUUGCAGUUAUGCUUUCAUAAACGGAGUAUCAGAGUCGGAAACAGUAUUUUCAUGGUCAUCUCUCCUGCCGUUGAAUCAACUUUAUUUAUUCGGCCGUUGUUCUGUUUCCGUAUCACCAGUACCUCAAAACUGUAAAAGCAUUAUGAUUGCAAGAUAUAUCAUACUCGAAGUGGCAGUGGUUCUACCAAAACAAAUGGUGUCUGUUGGAGAAAACGUCACAGUUUACAGCAAAAUUCUCAACCUUCGACAAUAUUCGGAAUUUUUUAUUGUUACUGUCAGCUGUUCUAUUUCUUUCGGAAAGAGUUCUCCAGUAUCAGUUGAAACUUACCGAAAGGCCCCAUUUUACCAUCAGUUUUUAUUCCCACAAAGGCAAGAUGUAUGGUUUUCAUGUGAAAUACCAGGUGAAGAGAUAAUUAGAGCAUACGGUGCCGUAAACGUGGAAAGUAAUUUAAACAUAGACAAUUUGAAAAUUACUUCAAGAUCACAACCGACAAGGUUUCUAACGGAUACUACUCUGCUUUUUCAGUACAUUUAUCAGUAUCCUAUACAACAUUGCUUCGUUUUGAGAACAUAUCAAAGUUGUGACCGAACUAAAACUUUUUCACAAACCAAAUAUGAAAAUAAAGAUCUUAUUGAUGUUCAGUUUCAACUUACAACAGAUAUUCAGUCAUCAAUCGGGCCCGGAAUACAUCCAUUCACAUUGUUUAUGCAAAACAAUAUAUCUGAUGUAAAGUAUAUAUCCACAGUCUGGAUUAACAAGCAGGUAACUGGAAUAAAAGUCACAUGCGAUCUCUUUGUCGGAAUAUAUCCAAAUCAGUUCAUAAUCAACAUUACGCUUGAAGAAGGUUGUCCAGCCAACAUUACAAUAGAAAUCAACAAAUAUCCCAACAAUGAACUAGUAUCUCAAAUGAAGACACUUUGUUCAAAUCCUGAUGAAUGUAAAUUGGUUCAAGUCAAAACAUCUCUGAAGAAAGCUGGAGAGAAAUACAAAGUCACUGUGUUUGCAAAUAACCAGAUAUCUAAUGAUAGCGCUGUAUCUCAAGUGUUUGAAACCGUUCCUCAAAUAUAUGACGCAUACAUGACGUCAGAUGGACCUUUAUAUGCCAAUGUUCCAACCAAUCUUAUGAUUUACGUCAGAGGGGACAUUGGUGGAUUUGAAAUGACGUUGAAGUUUGAGGAACAUUCUAAACAUGUUCCGUUUACAAUUGUUUCGAUCAAACAUGUUCAUUCAGAUGGAGCCAGUCUACCGUUUGAUUCAACGUUUUACAAACUAAUUAAAGAGAGGAUUAUCUUUACGUCUAUUGGAGAUCAACAGAUUGAUGCAAAUAUCAGGAAUUCAAAACAAGUUUUCAAUUUUAGUUCAAACUUAAUUGUACAAAGGCAACUGACAUGUUUGGAAGGCGUGAAAAUCCGUGACGGGAAUUCAAACAGAGCGAUUGGCAAACCGUUAAAACUUGCGAAAGAGUUGAUUUUAAGCGGUGACGUCACUUUAUCGUGUGUUGAAGAUUCCAACAUUAGGUUUAAAUGGAAAUCUUUCAAAGUCGACUCAAGCUCACAAUUACCUCGACCUGAAAACGAAGUGAAAUUAAAAGGAAAUAUUUACAACAAUGAGAUUGUGAUUCGAAGCAACGAUUUGCUUCCAGGGUUGUACGUCAUAAUGCUUGAGGUAUCGACUAAUGACGUCACAGAUAAAGAUGUGACAUCAGAGGCGAGAGAUUUCAGUUUGAUCGAGGUUCCCACGAGAAAGCUGGAGGUUCUUAUCAAAGGAGGCAACAAGCGACAACUUGGGAAUGAAACAGCCGUUAAAUUUGAAGCAUCCAUAACAACUGAAGUUGAUUUCGCGAUUCGAUUUCAUCAUAACUGGUAUUGUGCCGUCACAUUAGAUGAUUUACCACGUGACGUGGAAGUUGGUAAAGUGAAACGAAAAGGUUCAUGUUUCAACCAACAACCACUGUGGAUUGGUGAUGACACAUUUGUUCAAGUCUCAAAUUUUAAACCAAACUCAUUUUACUUCAUUCGAUUAAUAGUUACCGGUGAAGGGUAUUCCCCCGCUUAUGCUGAUCAAGAAAUAUUUAUUCUCCCUCAAGCUCCAACUUUAACAUUGAAAUGUUGGACGAAUUGUGGGAAAUUUGUUUCUCCAAACGUUCCACUGAUCCUCCAAUCAGAAUGCAGUGAUUGUGUACGUCACUCUUGGUUUCUUAAUUCACAUAUAAUGGAAAGCUGUAACAACCAAGCAAUUUGUAAAUUUACUCCAAAUUUGCUCCAAUCGUCAACGAUUUUAAACAACAUUACAGUUAUUGGUUUGGAUGUUUACAAAAGAGGGUCUUCUGCGAGUCUACUUUUCAAUGUUACAUCGCCACCCAGCGGCGGGCAUUGCUCAGCUUUACCUCAGCUUGGCAAGUCUUACGUCACAAAGUUUACUGUGAAGUGUCAAAACUUUGCAGACGUCCAUCCACCACUGAUGUACAAGUUUUACAUGAAACAAUCCGACAAGGAAUUAUCGCUCCUACAAUACGGUUACGAUGCUUCAGUUCAUAACAUCACUAUGAGCAGAACGUUCGGGGUUGCUUUCACAGUGGAUAUUUGCAACAGCUUGGGCGCGUGUCGACGAGAUGAGGUUGCCGUUGACGUCAUACCUACGUCACGAAAUCCUCCAAUUUCUGACGCAAUAAAAGAGAUUGAUGAAAGUAUGAAAGCCAACAACAUCCAGAGAUUGUUACAACUUGUGGCACCUUUGUCAGGAACAACAGCAUUGAGUUCUAACAAGAGAAACAAAAUACUCAAGCACGUAACUGCCACAAAAGUAACUUCUGUUAAAUCAGCGAAACAAAUUGUUGACGUCAUGAAUUACGUCACUAGUGAACCGGACUUGACAGGUGUUGAAAAUAAGGAAAGUUCUUGGGAAAAACUUUCUGAUGUUCAAAAUUUUAUGGAGUCAAGGUUGAAUGACGCAACAAAGACCGACCUCAAUUCUAUAAUGACAUCAUGUGUGUCGGUUGCUUCAAAUUUAAUGCUAGCUUCUCACAGCAGCAUAAACAGGAUAAAAGAAACAAAUAAAAUAAAAAACUUUGGAAGACUUUUGAUGACGCAGGUUAUUCCUGGGGAAUCCCCCAUGACGUAUAAAACACCCGGAACUGAAAUAAUGUUGAUGAGAAUGAAGGGAAACACGACAGAAAAUGAUCAAUCUGUACCAUUCCAAAUUCCUGGUAUGACGUCAAUUUUCGGUAAUGACGUCAUCAAUAUGGAGUUAUACAACUACGACGCACGGAAGAUAAAUUUUAACACAUCCACUCAAAGUGUUGACUUUGUCACUGCUGUUUCCUUGACAACUGGUUGGAAGAAACAAAAUCCGAUUUCUUCCAAAAAAGCUCGAAAUCUUCCAAGUCGAUUCAUUGUUCCAAAACAAUCAACAUCAACAAGUUUGCAAUUAAUCAUUGCGAGCGAUUGUGACGUAACAAUAUGCAACAGUCAAGCAACAACUAGCACAGCAUUUGAAGUAGGAAUCGACAACAAAGAAAACUUAAGUAAAUAUUUUCUUCGAAUCUUGCUUGAAAAUUCCACUCACGAAGUCAAGGAAUGGAAGAUAACGUUACAACUUUCUGAUUCAAUGAACAGCCAGUUUAACUUGACGAAGACAUUCACCAAUAAAAAGUCAGGAUUUGAUUGGUUGAUCCCGUUCACGAAUCUACCGCAUGGUGGCAGCAAAUACAACUUGACCAUCCAUGCUUACCUUGGUUCGAAAUAUUUUCGUCAAGGAAGCGUCAUGAAAACGUCAUUGGUGACGCAUUCUGUCAACUGCAUGUAUUGGGAUGACGUCAUAUUUGAUUGGAACAACAAAGGGUGUCAGCCGAGAGUGAACACGAAAAAACAAUCAGAGUUGAUGUGUGAGUGCGAUCAUUUCCCAGUUCCUCCUGAGAGCAGUGGGAGAAUGAAAGAAAAUAACGGAAGGGAUGUUCCCACUCUUUUCGCAUCCAGUUUGAUUGUGUAUCCAAACAAGAUUGAUUACAGCAAGCUGUCUUGGAAUUUGUGGGCGGAAUUUCUAAAAAAUCCGGUUAUAUUUGUUUGUCUGUUUAUUCUUUACACGUCUUAUGGUAUCUUGGUGGUUCUUGCAAGAAAGAAAGAUAUUGAAUAUGAAGACAAACAACAAUAUAUCGACGUGGUGGAUAACUCACCCUUGGAUAAAUACCGUUAUUACGUCACAAUAUACACCGGAAACCGUCGAACUGCUGGAACAUCUGCCGUUGUUUGUAUCAAACUGAUUGGAUCAAAGAAAUCUAGCAAAGUUCAUAUUCUGCAGAACUCGGAAGAAAAACUUUUAACUAGAGGGAGCAUUAAUUCAUAUCUGAUUACGUCAUUCAGUUGCCUUGGAAAUCUAGUUGCUGUUCGGUUAUGGCAUGACAACAGUGGACGUAGCCCUGAAUGGUUUUUACAAAGAAUGGUUGUAAGAGAUUUAGAAGCGAAUGAAUGCACUUUCUUUAUUUGCAAUACAUGGUUUGAUGACGUCAUUGACCAUAUAUUUCCUGCAGCUCGUACUAGAGAGCUCCACACGUUUGAAAGUUUAUUUCACAUCAAAUGUGAAAAUUAUUUGAAAGACGACAGUGACCAGAAGGUAAUUGGUUCGAAUCCUCGUUCGUUGACUAUGGUUGACGUGGAUCCUUUUUCUGUUGAUUUCCGACCUUUACCUUCCUUCUUUGUGUGGAUUGCUUGGUUUUUUAUUUUCUCCACAAUCCUCGGUUCAAGUUCGUUGUGUGUAAUGUAUGGGAUGACGUACGGAGUCGAGAUCAGCAAGGAAUGGUUGAUGUCUUUAUUAAGUGGAUUUAUUCAGAGCAUUAUAUUAAUCGAACCCUUCAAAGCAAUCUUCCUCGCCUCCUUUCAAGUCAUCAACAAUCCUAAACAUGAUUUGAAAGAUUGGCUUGCACCUGUAGCUGACAAUGUUCAACCACGAGAUGCUUCUGAUCCACAAAUGGUGGAAGAUUUAUUAAAAGAAGAAAGAUCAAAGAAUCCGGUUUACAAACCUCCAACUCUUGAUCGGAUGUUGGAAGGACAGGAGAAGAGAGCUUCGGAAAGAACGAUCAGAAGAAGAUUGAAAAAUAUAUCAGUUCAUUUGCUCUACCUCACUUUUCUACUGAUUGUGUCGUUUGGACAACGAGAAGAGAAUUCAUUUCACUUCGGACAAGCGUUAAACAGAAUGUUUGUGAAUGAAGCGAAAAACAUCAAAUCAAGCACGGACGUUUAUAAAUGGAUCGAUCGCUCAGUGGUUGGAACACUUUUAAAUGAUCACAUGACGCAUUUUACUGACGGUCAGCUGAUAUUUGUAUCCGGUCCAUUGUUACGUCAGAAACGUGUCGUCGCUGGAACGACGUGUGCUCACAGUGAUGCUGUGAAGAAAGCAAAACUAUCUGGAAACACUGCUUGUAGUUUAAGAUAUGAUUCAUCGUUUGAAGAUCAACGAAACUACGGUCCUGGAUGGUCGACCGAAAAUCCUUAUUUUUCCAACAGUGGCCACAAAAAUAAGGCAUGGAGAUAUAAACCCAAACCAUGGACAUGGAUCAGCGAUUAUAAUGGUGAACAUGGAACGUAUGACAAUGGUGGUUAUUACGUCACAGUGACGGAUCGCGAUGUUGCGCAAUAUCUUCGAUUGUCGAAUUGGAUCGAUAAACAUACAAGGGCCAUAAUUUUCGAAUCAAUAUUCUACAAUGUUCCUCAUCGUAUUUAUUGCGUCACAAUUAUCGUAAUGGAAAUCCCAAACUUCUCUGGUGACGUACACGUGACUUCACAACUUCAUUUUAUGAGAACACACCACGUCGAGUACGCAUCGGAUGUGAUUGUGUACGUGUCCCUCAUUUGCAUAUUAAUCAUGGUUUUCUAUCACUUGGUGGAAAUAUCGAGCAGCAUGAGAGAAAUUGGUUUUAGAUUUCUAUGGAACUUGUGGAACUUAUUUCACGUCUUUGUUCUUUUGUUAUCGACAGCUGCAGUCGGUGUUUAUUUAACUAGGGUAACAUACACUGACAUGGCACUUAAAGCUUAUGUGGACAAGAUGCCCUCAUUUGAACUCUUCCACGAAGCUGCAUACUUUGAUUAUGUCACAAGGUGUCUAUUAUCAUCGUGUGUUUUCCUCACAAUGUUUUACACUGUGAAGAUAAUGCAAGGUCAUCCAACCUUUGAACUCAUGUACGCCACCAUGCGACAGUCGAGCGGUGACUUGAAGGGGCAUUCCGUUCUCAUGUUUUUCUUGUUUUGCGGCUUUUGUCAUGUCGGUUUGAUGUGGUUUGGUGACAUCAAAGACUUCAGUACGUUGGUACGAACCAUGCAAUCGGUACUUGGUUUUUCAAUGGAAGCGUUCACAUCAAGCGAUCUACUGAUUCAUCAUCCUUUACUGGGAAGUCUCUUCCUCUUCGUAUUUGUCGUCCUCUUUACCAAAGUCUUCGUCAACUUUUACGCCGUCAUUCUCGAGAAUUCUUUCCGCGAGUGUAAACUACUGAUGCGUGACGACAUCACUGAUGAUCAUGUGCUUUCCUUCGGAAGAAAACAACUGAGAUCAAUGUUCGCGAUAAAAGAACAAAAGUUAAAGGAAUUGAGUAACCCACAAGAAAGAAAGGAAUACAUUGAUUUAUUGGAUAAGCAGACUGCUAUAAAGAAGGGCAAUAAUAAAAUACAAUAAAAUAUUCCAUAUUUUAGUACUGUGAAUUUGAUUUUGGCCUAGACCAUUUAUACGAUUAUAUCAUGUAUUUUGUGAUGGUCUCUAUGCUAAUUGGGUACGUGAUUGGAAAUUUAGAGUUAUUGAUUUUACUCGCCGAAUAGUUUUUCUUGUUGUUCCACACAUUUUGUUCCAGACACAACAUUUUCCGGUCCACAAUCUUGCCGCGAAAGCAGUAUCUCCGACAUUUUGUCACCUGCCUAGAUUUACAGUCUACACAAAAUAGACCAACCUAUUGUUACGUAAAAGACAAUUUGUGUUCAAAAUAUUAAAUAUAUGCAUAGAAAACAUGCAUGUUUUCGGUAAUUUAAAUAACAACAUGGAAUAAAAAACAAACUUAAAAGUUGGAAA